UUGUAUGACAAGAAGUGUGGACAAGAACAAUACAAGUCAUUAGCGAGUCAGUAUUACAGAGAAACCCAAGGUGCUCUCAUUGUGUAUGACAUAACGAACAGGGAUUCCUUUGAUUAUCUUCAAGAAUGGAUCGAUGAUGUUUCGAUGUAUUGUCCCCAAGGUGUGAAAAUAGUGUUAGUUGGGAAUAAGGUUGAUCUUGAGAAUCAAGCGCGUGCGGUGACUUACGCUGAAGGUAAAAAGUUUGCUGAUGAGGGUGGAUAUGACUUUUUCGAGACCUCUGCCAAAUUGAAUAUCAAAGUAGAAGACGCUUUUCGAGGGUUGGUCACCAAGAUCGUCCAGGCUGAUCAUUCGCACACGACAGAAGUCACCCAGAGUUCACAAGACCGAGUCAAAAUAACUCAACAAAAAACACAAGAGGAAAAGAAAGGGUGUUGCUGA